UGAGAUGGGGGGCAACCUGGGCUGCCACCGCUCCAUCCCGCGGGACCCUGCGGACCUGUGCCACAGCCGCAAGUUCAGCGCCGCCUGCAACUUCAGCCACAUCCUCGUCAACCAGGAGCGCCUCAACAUCAACACGGCCACCGAGGAGGAGCUCAUGACCCUGCCCGGCGUCACGCGCGCCGUGGCCCAGAACAUUGUGGAGUACCGGGAGUACAUCGGCGGCUUCAAGAAGGUGGAGGACCUGGCGCUGGUGAGUGGCGUGGGCGCCGCCAAGCUGGAGCAGGUCAAGUUCGAGAUCUGCGUGAGCAGCAAGGGCAGCUCGGCGCAGCACUCGCCCAGCUCCCUGCGCAAGGACCCCCCCUCCGAGCACCACCUCUCCACCACCAAGAUCAACAUCAACACGGCCACCCCGGCGCAGCUCAUGAGCAUCCGCGGCGUCACUGAGAAGAUCGCCAACAGCAUUGUGGACUACCGCAAGGAGCAUGGCCCCUUCAAAAGCAUCGAGGAUCUGGUGAGGAUGAACUGCAUUAAUUCCUCCUUUCUGGACAAAAUCAGGCAUCAGAUUUUUGCGGAGCGCUCCCGGCCGCCGUCGACGAACACCAACGGUGGCCUCAACUUCACGGCCAAGCCUCACCCCAGCCCCACGUCCCUGAGCCUGCAGAGCGAGGACUUGGACUUCCCCCCGGGGGGCCCAACGCAGCUCAUCUCCACUCGCCCCUCCGUGGAGAUGUUCGGGGGGAUGAGGGACGGCCGGCCCGUGCUGAGGAUCGCCACCUGGAACCUGCAGAGCUGCUCCAUGGAAAAGGCCAACAACCCCGGCGUGCGGGAGGUCGUGUGCAUGACRCUGCUGGAGAACAGCAUCAAGCUUUUGGCUGUGCAGGAGCUGGUCGAUAGAGAAGCGCUGGAAAAGUUUUGUAUGGAGCUGAACCAGCCGACGUUGCCAAACAUCCGCAAGUGGAAGGGCCCUAGAGGAUGCUGGAAGGGUGUUGUUUCCGAAAAGCCCUCGGGCCAGCUACAUAAGGGUGUUGAAUAUUCUGGCUUCCUCUGGGAUGCGACAGCUGGCAUUGAACUGAAAGAUGCAUCUUCUCAGGAGACCGCACAAACUAACGGCAACGGGAAGCACUCGUAUCCUCACCCGUAUCUUGCACAUUUCAAGGUUGGAAUGAAUGAUCUAACGCUGGUUAACCUCCAUCUGGCCUUGCCGCCCUCAGCAGGAGAAAACACAGGCAAGAACCACGACAGCCACAAGCUGGCCAGCUUUGCACACACUCUGCAGGAGACGCUGAAAGGAGAAAAGGAUGUGAUCAUCCUAGGGGACUUUAACCAGGCCCCAGACAGCAGUGACCAUGACAUACUAAGGAAGGAGAAGUUCCAUCACUUGGUCCCUUCCAAUACUUUCACCAAUAUCAGCACCAAGAAUCCUCAAGGAUCUAAGUCAAUGGAUAACAUCUGGAUCAGCCGGAGCUUGAAAAAGGUCUUCACAGGUCACUGGGCUGUAGUGAGGGAAGGUCUCACCAACCCCUGGAUUCCCGACAACUGGUCGUGGGGCGGCGUCGCCUCGGACCACUGCCCUGUGCUAGCCGAGUUCUACGUGGAAAAGGACUGGAGCAGGAAGGAGGCGCCGCGGAACGGGAACGGGGUGACGGUGGAACGCAGCGACUCCAGCGCCAAGCACGAGCGAUGACGAGCGCUCGAGCUCGCCCAGGGCCCUGCCSAGGACUCCGCUCGCCCUGGGGCCGCAGCAGCUCCAUGGGCUCAAUGUGCUCCGCCGUGAAGCGGAGCUGCCGGCCCCUCUCCCUGCUUCCCACUGACUCCCGGAGAGCAUCAGCACUGGGUGCGGGCGGCUCUCGCCUUGGGCCCCUCAUGGCUCCUUACAGGGGGUCUCGCGGCACCAGAGCAAUCGUGGCUUUUUAUGGACCCUGUGGACAUUUCCAUGCCCGGAGACUGGGAUGAGAACUGUACAGAAAAUAAAACAUACUUUUAAUACUG